GUCUUCUCCGAUGUCUCAAACCCAAUCAAACUCCAACCAAACUCACCUACCUACCCCCAACCCAUCCAGAGCUAGAGCUAUGUGCGGCGGCGCGAUCCUCGCCGACCUCAUACCGUCGCCGCGCUCCGGCGGCCACACCAAAAAGAACAAGCGGCGGCGGAUCAGCGACGACGAGGACUUCGAGGCCGCCUUCGAGGAGUUCGACGCCGGCGACGACGACUCCGACUCCGACUCCGAGUCCGAGGAGGUAGACGAGUACGACGUCGUCGUCGACGACGACGACAGCGAGGACGGCGUGGUGGUUCUUCCGCCGCCGCCGCCGCCGCCGCCGGUGAUUCCACAUGAGCGCCAUGGCGCGAGGCGGUUCCGCGGCGUGAGGAAGCGGCCGUGGGGGAAGUGGGCGGCGGAGAUCCGCGACCCCGUGCGCGGCGUGCGCGUCUGGCUCGGUACCUUCCCCACCGCCGAGUCCGCCGCGCGCGCCUACGACGCCGCCGCCCGCCGCCUCCGCGGCGCCAAGGCCAAGCCCAACUUCCCCUCCGCGCCGCCGCCCUCGGCUGCUGCUCACCGCCGCAAGAAGCGCCGCGCCCACGCCGCCACGCGCUCGCCGUCGUCUCCGCCCGCCACCAGCGAGGUCACGGCGGCGUCCGCGUCCGCGUCCAGCGAUGUCCCCGCGCCGGCGUUCGCUUCCUUCGUCGGCGAGCCCGGGCACGGCGGCGCCAAGUCGAUGCCGACGACGAGCCACACCUCGCAGCCAGCCCCGCCGGCGACGGUGGCGUCCGAGAACGUCGACGACCCGGAGGUGUUCGACCCGUACGACGUCCACGGCGGCCUCGCCUCCUACUUCGCCGGCGGCGCGUACGAGUCCCUGGAGAGCCUGUUCGCGCACGGCGGCGACAGCGCCGCCGUCGACCAAGCGGCGAGCGACCACUGGCCGGCGGCGCUAUGGAGCUUCGCAGACGACGGCUCGUUCUGCUUCUGAUGCUGUCAAAUCACAUCGCCAUUGGCGGCCAUUGCAAGCCAUGGCAUGGCACCUGAUGAUGCUGAUCCAGUGAACUGGUCACUCGUUCUUGAUGCGUUUUCAGUUUCUUGUACAGUGUUUUUCCCCAGCAACAGUGAAGUAGUAUUCAGUUAUUCACUGUUCAGUCAUGAGUUCAUCGCAAAAUAUGAUGUAAGUAUGUGUCUUGAGAUUGUUUUAGCAGUGGCUUUUGUUUGUAUAAUGUAUUUCUCUGUAAUUAAUUAAUAGCUGUUUUCAGUGAUAAACUAAAUUUUCUGAAAUGGAAAAAA